AUGUUUGCAAAGAUGUUUGGCACCAUUCGAUACGACAAGGACACCAAUAGUCGCAAGCAUGUAGAGCUCCAAAGCGCUAGUGGAUUCAAAGCCAGAGGUCUAGAUCACUUCUUUCAACAUUACGGCCUAGGUCACACUGGCCGUGGACUAAUUUUCACUUCAUUGCUGCGGAAUGAUGAAGAUGAAUACCUGCUGACAUCUCCCCAGCUAAAGUGUAGCGGUGACAAAGAUGGCUGUGGAAAAUGUCAGGCUGCCUCAGUCACUUGCAUGUAUCGAGAUAUCUUGUCGAUCAAAGACAGUAGAAAGACAUCAAAACGUGUGCGCCCUUCCAAUAACCAUUUGCCUACUCCAAACUCAUGUCAGGCUUCCUAUGGUAGUCAACAACUGUCCAUCGGCGCAGAGAUAGACCAAGAGUCUACUCAAAGCAUGUCUGACUCUGAGCCUCUAAAUUUGCCAUGCUCUUCUUCCGAGGAGUUCGCCGAAUUGAACAACAUCCACUCAUCAACAAAUGCUGAGAAUAUAUUUGACGCAGUCCUCAAUAUACAGGUACCCUACCACCACACAAACACCCCAUCUCAACCAACCCGGUUCAACGAAAAUACCCAAGAGAGACGAUCAGAAUGGAGCUCAUUCCCAGGUGGUAAUUCACCAUCCCCUCUUGGCACUAAUAGAGAGCCUGCCUCAAAAUGUGAUUGUCUCCGUGACGUGGCUCUUUUCCUGGAGGCCAUUGGGGUAGAAUCGACAGAGACGAGGGCAGACAUCCUUUUAAAAGUCCGUGGUGACAACGGCAUGUUUCUAGCCGUUGUCUUACAGCAGCUCGUCACUCUGACUCGUACGGCGUCAGAUAAGCUUCUAGAAUGGAACCACGAACAAAGUAACCGCCGAGGGUCCUCUAGCGAGACCCACAUCCCUAUCGUCUGCAUUUACCAGUACAGAAUCGAAAUUCCAGACGUUAAGGUCUCUCUUAUACUUCACGUAGCCUUAUUGCACUUUUUCGGCUUGCAAGGUCUCUCCAAUGCACUUAAGGAAAAACUUCGGUCCAACAGUUUCGCGGCGCAACUAGUUACGGAUUGCGAAAGCAUUAUUGUUGAUACCAUCAAAAUAAUUCAGGAGAAGGCAUCAAAUUCGGCCUCUAUGGGUUCUGCAUUUUAA